AAACAAGGACUUAGUUUACGAAAAUAUAACUUCUUAACAAAUCUAAAACGAAUUUUCGCCAACAAGAUUAUGUGACACACUGUGAACAUUUUUGACUUGAUUAAGUAAUGUUAUAAGUUAUUGUGAAAGUGAAAUAAGACUCGGACGAUGCAUUUAUCGAGUGAAGUGAGUUCGACAACGAACGGGCUGGGCCACGAGGCGCCGUCUUCGAGUUAUGGUGGUAGCGGUCUGCCGAGUCAGCCGCUCACGGCGGAACUUCUUGCUGAGAGGACCUUGGAGGGAUUGCUGGCUGAUCACCCUGGAGAGUUGGUGAAGACUGGCAGUCCUCAUGUGGUUUGCACAGUACUGCCUCCGCACUGGCGGUCCAACAAGACGUUGCCGGUGGCGUUCAAGGUGGUGGCGCUGGGCGACGUCGGCGACGGCACGCUGGUCACCGUGCGCGCCGGCAACGACGAGAACUGCUCCGCCGAGCUGAGGAACUGCACGGCAGUUAUGAAGAACCAGGUCGCCAAGUUCAACGACCUUAGGUUCGUCGGGAGAAGUGGAAGGGGUAAAUCAUUCACAUUGACAAUAAUGCUGGCAACGUCGCCGCCGCAAGUCGCCACCUACCAGAAGGCGAUCAAGGUGACGGUGGACGGGCCCAGGGAGCCGCGGUCCAAGACUCGCCACCACGGCUUCCAUCCCUUCCAUUUUGGGCCGAGAUUCGCCCCUGAUCCCCUCAUGGGAUCUUUACCAUUUAAGUUAUCAGGUAUCGCUCAUCAACUAGCUGGGUUACCAGGUAGCGAGUGGGGAGCACUGGCUCGACACUAUCCACCACCGAUACUGCCGGCUCAUCCGCACUUCACACCUCAUGUCCUUCCUCCGGCUCACACGCAGCCGCCACACGUGCCACCACCCCCACACGAAACAGAUGUAUCAUCAGAGAAUCCAAUAGCGAUGCGAGCACACAGCACGACAAGCCCGGCCAAUUCUCGUCCAAGUUCACCGCAAGAUGACGACAUCUCCGUCACAGCGUCCAUAAGUCCGCCGCCUGACGACCGUCCUGGCGCAUUCACGUCAGUAACGCGAACGCGCAAACCACUCCAGCCGCUGCCAGCGCCAUCUAGUCUAUUCCACAGCGCGUUGGCAGCGCAAUUAUUCUUAAACUCGCCAUUAUUGCCCACUCCACCCGCGUGGCUGUAUUCCCAACUGUACGGAGGUUACGACUGGUGGCUGCGACCGCCGGCUCCUCAAGAGGAUUCUAGUUCAAGUCCAGACAGAGACGAGGAAGGAUCCACAACAUCUGGGGCGGGAAAAAAAAGACCCGCGUCUCCUGAAUGGUCGGAACAAGGAGUCCGAACUCGCAGUAAAUCACUUAUCACGCCGGAGAAGAGACCGGUGGAUGUAUGGCGUCCGUAUUAGUGAAA